AUGACUCUCUCCAUCUCAUUUCUUGCACAUGUAACACUCACCUUCUCAUAUGUCAUGGCAGCGGAUUCCGAUCCCUUGCAAGAUUUCUGCGUCGCAGACAAGGAAAGCAUGGUUAAGGUGAACGGGUUCGUUUGCAAAGAUCCCAAGGAUGUUUCGGCAGAGGACUUCUUCUUCGGGGGACUUGGGCAGGCAGGGAACACCGACAAUGCAGUGGGCUCCAAUGUAACGAUGGCCAAUGUUAUGCAGAUACCAGGCCUCAACACCUUCGGAAUAUCGUUGGUCCGUAUCGAUUACGCAGUGGGUGGAAUAAAUCCUCCUCACACACACCCAAGAGCCACCGAAGUUCUUGUUUUACUGGAAGGCCAGCUUCUUGUGGGUUUCAUUGACACCACCAACAAGUUUUUCAGCAAAACGUUGGAGAAGGGAGAUGUGUUUGUGUUUCCAAAGGCACUUGUGCAUUUCCAGCAGAAUGUGGGGCAUGAAAAUGCGGUGGCCAUAUCUGCAUUGAGCAGCCAGCUUCCGGGAGUUCAGACAAUCGCCAACUCUCUGUUUGCAGCGGAUCCUCCUCUCCCAGAUUCCGUAUUGGCCAAGGCCUUCCGCAUCACACAGGCAGUUGUGGAUUACAUUCAGAAGAAAUUCGCAUAA